AUGUUAUUUUUAAUCAUAGCUACUCUUCUAGUUUUAACACAUCAAUUAAUUUCAGCUUCUUUAUGUCCAAGAAUUGUUACUCAAAAAGAUUUUAAUAUUACUAAAUAUGGUGGUAUUUGGUAUGAAGUUUAUCGUCAUGAUAUUAAUGAAGUAGCGUCUAAAUGUGAAAAUGAGACACUUACAAUUAAUUCUAAUGGAACAAUGAAUAUAUGGACUCAAGCUGUAAGUGAAAUUAAUGGUUAUUAUAGUAAUCAUGGCUUGGCCGUUGUUAAGAAAGCAUCAGAACCAGGUGCUUUUUUAAUUCAUCUUACUAAUCCUCAUCAAACAAUAAAAUAUAAUAUCAUUACUACUGAUUACAAUCAAUAUUCACUUAUUUUUUCUUGUGAUCAUGUUCCUAUUUUGGAUAUUAAUUUUGAACAUAUAUGGAUUCUCUCACGAACAAAAACUUUAUCAAUGGAUAUUGUAAAAGAACUUAAAAAAGUUCUAAAACAUAUACAUGUUCAUACAGAUGAUAUUAAACCGACAAGUCAAGAUUGUUAA